UAUUGAGUGCUCAAGUUGUCAUAAGUUAUUGACAAAAAAAAGCUGCAUUGUCGCACUUAUCCUUAACAGAAGAGCAGUGCAGCAAUGCGUAGUCUUAGAAUAUAUUUUUUAUGACGAUGGAUAAGCCAAAGAUAAGCACUUUUUAAAACGUUCAAAGUACUACUAUGAUGAUCCAUUAUUAAAAGUAGAAAUGAAUGAAACAGCUGUCACGCUCAAGAUCAAAUAAGAAUACGCCACGUCACGAAAAGCGACGAGUGGACGCAAUUACAUGAGCGCGUCAGCUUGCUUGACCACAGUUGAAAUUUUGGAGCUGACAGACCCCGCUAUCAACCCUCAGGUAUUGCUCUCCUGUUGACGAGGCUAAAUGAUGUCGGCUCCAGAGACGCACUCUGUGUUCGAUGCCACCCAGGACCUGGUUCUGAUGGGGGGCCUGAGGGAGAUCACUGAUCCCCACGCCCAGGGCCUGGGCCAGCACACAGAGACCAGUGCAGGCCGCAGAGAGUCUCCCCCUGGCUGCGAGGAGGUGAAUGGCGCCGGUGCGAGGCAGGCGAGUCCUGAGGGCGAGCAGAGCGGACUCACAGCUGUCAGAGAGGCCCGAGACGGCUCGCUGCCGGAGGUGUCGGACAGAAUGCUCUGCUCCGCCUGCCAGUCGCCCUUCGACAGCCGGGAGGAGCAGACAGAGCACUACAAACUGGACUGGCACAGGUUCAACCUGAGGCUAAGGCUGGCCGGCAGGCCCCCCGUCACAGCGGAGGAGUUUGAGAGAAGAACGGGGACAGGUGACAUGUCCAGCAUCUCUGGCUCAGAUUCGGAUUCUGACUCGGACUCUGACAGCGAUCAGGGUUUCCGUGUAGACAAGGUGACCCCUGUGGGGUCAUGCAGCCCGGUGGAGAUGGAGGCACCCGUGGGUCGUGCAUCCAGUAAGGUUGUGUUCCAGAACGCCCAGGGCCAGUUCCUAAGUGUGCAGCGCUGUAUUCUACAGGGCAAGAGGACUGUGGAAGGUGAGGAUGUGGAUCUGAUGACGUCUCUGCUGGCCUUGAGCAGUAAGAGUGUGUGGGUCAUCCUCAUGACUGGAGGAGGACACUUUGCCGGGGCAGUGUUCCGGGGGAAAGAGCUCCUGCAGCACAAGACGUUCCACCGCUACACGGUCAGAGCCAAACGCGGUACCGCUCAGGGCUUUCGAGACUCGCAGAACCGGAGCCACGCCCCUAAAUCAGCAGGCUCCACUCUCAGGAGGUAUAACGAAGCCGCCCUGGUGAAGGACAUCCAGGAGCUGCUGGAGAGCUGGGCGUCUCUGCUGCAGGAGGCGGGGGCCAUCUUCCUGCGGGCGCCCAGCUACAACAAGAGCAUGUUCUUCGGGGGCCGGACCCCGCCGCUGGACAGGAGGGACCCCCGUGUCCGCACGCUGCCCUUCGCCACGCGCCGCGCCACCUUCAGGGAGGUGCAGCGCGUCCACGACCUACUGGCCACACUCCACGUCUACGGUGGCGACGCUGAGCUCUCCAACAUCUUCACUCCCUCUAAGAAGGUGUGGAAGAGGAAGGCCAGAGCGGCAGCUGCCAUGACUACGGGCACAGAGACCACGGGUGAGCAGGUGAAGCCUCAGGGUGAGGAGGAGGAUGAGGAGUGCGGAGUGGAGCUGCGGACGGUGGAGGUCACGCUGGACACACUGGACCUGCGGGAGCACGAGCUCUACCCCGCCAGGAGGAGGCCCCGACGCCGCAGGAAGGACAAGCAGCCCAAACACAGAGCAGACACGCAGCAGAGCAGGGACACAGAGGGCAGCAGGUUGAGCCCUAAUGAGCAGGUAGAGGAGGGUGAUGAAGAGGAGGAAGAGGAGGUAGCCGCUCCCUCAGAGCCGUCAGACGAGCAGAAGAACAGCAAGGGCCGCGGCAAGAGGAAAAACAGGAGGGCGAAGGACAAACCACAGAAUGAACACGGACACACACAACCACAGGACGAUGAAGCACUGGAAGGUUGGGACUACAGCCUGAGGGACGCUCUGUUCACGGCGUGUAAGACGGGUGACCUUCAGUCCCUACACGCACUCCUGCAACUUCCUCCUCCGCUGGACGAGGAGGACCAAGAAGAGGAGGACGACGAGAGCAGGACAAGGGACGAUCAAUCAAAGGUCACAACGGCACUGACCUUUCUAAACCAACCCAUCGACCAAUCAGGGUUUACUCUGUUGCACGUGGCGUCAGCGGCUGGUCAGAAGGCCGUGGCCACACUGCUGAUGGACGUCGGAUGUGACCCAGCCUGCAAAGAUAAGAAAGGCCAGACCCCGUACAUAGUGGCCCCUGAGAAGGACACAAGGAACAUGUUUCGCAAAUAUAUGGGAGACCAUCCGGACAAGUAUGACUACACUAAAGCACAGGUGCCAGGGCCUCUGACGGCCGAGAUCGAGGCCAAGAAGGCUGAGAAGAAGAAGGCCCUGAAGAUGGCCAAGAAGCAGCGAGAGAAAGAACAGAGGGAGGUGAAGAGAAAAGAAGAGAUGGAGAAAGAGGAGAAGAAGCGCUUUGCGUCCCUGAGCGAUCGAGAGAAGCGGGCGUUGGCAGCGGAGAAGCGGCUGGCAGAGCAGAUGGCCUCCACUGGUGCCCCCAUCAGCAACGUCAAGCGGUGCUGGAUGUGUGGGGAGUCUCUGCAGGGCAAGGUGCCCUUCCAGUACCUGGACUUCUCCUUCUGCUCCCCAUGCUGCGUCCAGGCGCACCGCAAAGCCAACAACCCCACAGGGAAGCCAUGACCUUUAACCUCCUGACCUCUGACCCCUCACCUAACCAAUGACUCUCAAACUGAGUCACAGAAGUGAUAUGAUCCUGUACGCUCUACAACUGGAUGAAUCUCAAGAGUCCUCUGGAC